UGUAUUGUAUAGAAGAUCUUCGUAUAUUAUAUUGUUUGUUCUUCUUUAAUUUCUGCUGCUGCUGACGAAAAGUUUAAAAGAUACAGGAAUGGCCGAAGGUAUAGAUACUGAUUGCAUGACUCUGACGAGGUUCCUGUUGGCAGAACAGCGAAAACAUCCGUCUGCAACUGGAGAUUUGACCCAAUUGAUCAACGCCAUCCUGACAGCCAUUAAAGCUAUUUCUAGUGCUGUUCGCAGAGCUGGAAUCGCUCAAUUAUACGGCAUAACUGGAAAUUCAAAUGUGCAAGGAGAGGAAGUUAAGAAGUUAGAUGUUCUCUCAAAUGAACUCUUCAUCAACAUGUUGAAAUCUUCAUUCACCACUUGCCUGCUUGUCAGUGAAGAGAAUGAAACAGUCAUUGAAGUUGAAUUGGAAAAACAGGGUAAGUACAUGGUGUCAUUUGAUCCUCUGGAUGGUUCAUCCAACAUCGAUUGUUUGGGAUCCAUUGGAACUAUAUUCGCAAUCUAUCGAAGACCAAAUGAUGAUAGCAUAAAGCAGGAAGACAUCCUCGUGCCAGGUAGACAGGCAGUGGCAGCUGGUUAUGCAUUGUAUGGUAGUGCCACCAUGCUAGUUCUCUCAGUAGGACAUGGAGUUAAUGGGUUCUUGUUGGAUCCUUCAAUAGGUGAGUUUUUGUUGACCGAUCGCAAGAUGAAGAUCAAACCUCGAGGCAAAAUUUAUUCAAUCAACGAAGGGUACUCGUCCAUGUGGCCACAACAGGUCAAGGACUACAUUGACAGUCUCAAGUUCCCAAAGAGUGGCAAACCGCCAUAUGGAGCUCGUUACAUAGGUUCAAUGGUGGCAGAUGUACACAGAACGUUGAAGUAUGGAGGAAUAUUUGCAUACCCUGCCACUAAGGACUCGCCAAAAGGAAAGCUUCGUUUGUUGUAUGAGUGCAUUCCGAUGGCUUUCAUCAUAGAGCAAGCUGGGGGGUUGGCUACAAAUGGCGACAUCAACAUACUCGAUAUUAAACCUGAACUCAUUCACCAGAGGUCGCCCAUUUUUCUGGGGUCCAAGGAGGAUGUCGAGGAUUUGAUGAGUUUUUUCAAAUCUUCUGGAGAUAAAGCUUAAACGUUCAUUCUGUUUGAUUAUAUCAAUUUGAAAAUAUCAUUGAUUCGAAGAAUUGUAAGUUGUUUAGUUUAGUUUCAUAUUCAUUUUUUCAUUCUACGUUGGGUUUGGGAAAUAUCAUUUCGUUUAUGUGCUCAACUGGCAGAACGAUGAAACUUUUUUGUUGGUUAUUUAUUUUUACUUUGUUAUCACUUGUUUCAGACAGUGUUCAUUGACUGCUGAUAAAUGAUUAAUAAAUGUCUUCUUGCUUAAUUAUGUAUAGCCGAUUUAGAUAGGUUCUUGUCUAGUUUCAUUUUUUGGUUAAUAUUGGUAAUUAAAAUAAAUUGAAAUUACGUAAUAAAAA